AUGGCUGCCCUGCAGAAAUGUGUGAACUCUUCCCUUAUGGGAACUCUGGCCUCCAGCUGCCUCCUUCUCCUUGCCCUGUGGGUGCAGGGAGGAACAGCUGUGCCCAUCGGCUCGCACUGCAGGCUUAACCACUCUGACUUCCAGCAGCCCUAUAUAACCAACCGCACCUUCAUGCUGGCUGAGGAGGCUAGUUUGGCAGAUAACAACACAGAUGUUCGUCUCAUUGGGGAUAAACUGUUCCACGGAGUCAAUGCAGGAGAGCGCUGCUAUCUGAUGAAGGAGGUGCUGAACUUUACCCUUGAAGAAGUACUGCUCCCCCAAUCCCAUAGAUUCCAGCCCUAUAUGCAGGAGGUGGUGCCCUUCUUGGCCAAGCUCAGCAACAGGCUAAGCCAAUGUCGUAUUGAGAGCGAUGACCAGCAUAUCCAGAGAAAUGUGCAAAUGCUGAAGGACACAGUGAAAAAGCUUGGAGAGAAUGGAGAGAUCAAAGCAAUUGGAGAACUGAGUUUGCUGUUUAUAGCCCUGAGAAGUGCCUGCAUUUAA